GUAGGCCUGCAUCCUUGGUAUUCAAACAAUUCAUAUUGCAAGAUAUGAAUGUCAUUGUUUGUACUUUUUUUAACUUUCAUUUACUUUCCAUUUACAAAAAAAGUUGAAACAGUUAGUUUGUAAGAGAAUUAAUAAGUUUAGAUUAUGUGACCGAUCUUUGUCUGAUUCAACAAUUUGUUCAAUUCGUUCUCCGAUGUUCGGGUACUUCCCCAUGGUUACAUUGUAAUAUUUUAACGGGUAUCAUGGGUUACACUUGUACACACGAAAGAUCUAAUAUUAAGAUUGCGGAUUCGUUAUUAAUUAUCAAACUUAAUAAAAAAGAAAAAAAUUAAGGAGAAAUUUUUAUUUAAUUCUUUCCAAAAAUUUUUAUAAAAAGAUGAACUGGUUUAUUCAUCUUUUUAUUUUUAACCUCUUUAUCCUCACCUCUACUGCUGGCGGCGAUUCCACUUGCAUAUGCAAUUCUGGUGGUGGCUUUGGUCUUUUCUGCGGCUUUGACCUCGCAGUGAUUGCAGUGGUGAAAUUCUUGCUCAUAUCUUGCAAUGCGGUGGAUAGUCACUGCUGCCUAGACAAAGAAUGCACUGGGUGUCCUGAUUCCAAGUGGCAAAAGCCUAUGUUUUCUACUCAAUCCAACACUACUGCCAGUACUCCCACUACUUAUCAACCAAAGAGUACUUCUAGUAUUCAAACAAGCGCUGCUCCUUCAGGUUCCUCAUCAGGUUCCUCAUCCGUUUCCCCAUCAGAUGUAGGUUCUGAAUUUCAUGUCAAACAGUUAACAAUCAAGAUUGCCACAAUUUUAGGGGCAGUAAUUGGAGGUAUUUGCGCAAUAUUUGCUACGAUAAUAGGUGUUAAAUGUAAAAGGAAAAAGCAAAAUAAGUUAAAUAGUCAAAAUAAAGUAAAUAGUCAAAAUAAGCAAAUUAGUCAAAAUGAUCAAAAUCAACAAGAUGUGGAUCGGGAACUCACGAAUCGAACGGCGCGCUUUAUCGCUGCGGUAAAUACAUUUCCAUUACAUAAUCAAAUUUUCAAUUGGAGGCUUCAUGCCACAGAAUUGCCACUUCGAAUAAAUUAAUUUUAAUUAACAUAAUUAUUAAAAACUAAUUUUUAAAUAAUUAUACAUAUCAUAAUUAAUAUACCCACAC